AUGCGUUUUUGGGUAAUAAAUUUACGAAAUCUUUGUCGUACUAUUGUGAAUCGCUGUCCACACUGCAUACGUUAUCGUCCAAAACUAUUACAACAAAUGAUGUCAAAUUUACCAGCUGAUCGUCUCAAUCCCUCUCGAGUUUUCGCCAGAUGUGCUGUAGAUUUCUGUGGUCCCAUAAACACGUAUUUAAGAAUCAGAGGAAAGGUGCCAUACAAAACGUAUGUAGCGGUGUUUGUCUGCCUAGCAACAAAGGCUGUUCAUAUCGAAGCUGUGUCGGAUUUAUCCACCGAUUCCUUUAUUGGCGCUCUAAAAAGGAUGAUAGGUAGAAGAGGUUUGCCAACAGAUAUUUUCUGCGACAAUGGCACAAACUUUGUGGGUGCGAACACAAAACUCAAAGAUUUGAAAAGGUUUUUGUUUGAUGAAGAUAACAAAAACCACAUAACUAAUUUCUGCGCCAAUGAGUUCAUAAAUUUCAAUUUUAUUCCACCCAGAGCACCCCACUUUGGUGGUCUUUGGGAGGCAGCUGUUAAAUCUGCUAAGGGUCAUCUAACUCGUACAUUCACAAAUACUCGCUUGACCUACGAAGAACUCGCCACUGCCUUAACUGAGAUAGAAGCUAUUUUAAAUUCGAGACCUAUAUCGCCAAUGUCGUCGGAUCCGAGCGAUUUAGAGGCCCUCACACCAGGCCAUUUUAUUAUAGGUUGUUCGAUGCGAUCUCUUCCAGAGCUUGACCUCUCGUCCAAAAACGUAAAUAAUCUUGAUCACUGGGCCCAAAUUACUAAGAUAAAACAGCACUUUUGGAAGAAAUGGUCUCAUGAAUAUAUCAAUGAGCUUCAAGUGAGAAACAAGUGGACGUCUUCCAACCCAAAUGUUGCUGUGAAUACCUUAGUGCUGGUACACGAAGACAAUGUUCCUCCUCAGAAGUGGCUAAUGGGUAGAAUUAUUGAAACUAUAAGUGGAGGAGAUGGACGAAUACGAGUUGCCGAAGUAAAAACCAAGAAAGGAAUUAUUCGUCGACCUAUUCACAAAUUAGCCAUGCUCUUAAAUUGA